AUUUCUUCAUUCAAACUUCUCCAUUUCUCUUCCAAUUCACCGGAAUAUCCAUUUUCCAACUGCUUUUUUAGAAACUUUCUUCAAUGGAAACUCCGUCCUCGAUCCGCCGUGUAACUAGGUCCCAAACGCUCUCUGCUGCAAACUCCGUCAACAACAGCAACGUUUCCAUCCCAAGGAAGGUUGAGGAAUGUGACAACAAUGGCUUAUCGAAAUCCCGACAAAGGAAUCGAAAGUCUCAAGAUUUGGGCGGGGUGAAAGGGCAAGAUAAUCGGUCUGCGCUUAUUGAUAUUACCAACGACUCCCCAAUCGUUGGGUUGGCAGCGGGGAGUUUGAUGACGCCGAUUUCAUCGGUGACAAAACAGCGGAGCUGCCGGCCAAAGAUGAUGACGCCAGGUUCAGGGGAAGCCUUAUUGAGAGGGCAAGUGAAAACUCUUUUGCAGAAAGUGGAAGAAGAAGCUGAAAUUUCUAAGCUUUCUUUAGAAAGCCGGCCGUUUGUUCAUCUUCAAUCACCAGCCGGGCUUCUUGCACCGACUCCGGCCAACACGCCGCAGAUCAACUUAUCCCAGGAUGAAAAUCUUUGCAGUAUCACAAGUCAUCCCAUUGUUGAAGAACAGACGAUUUCUCAGGUUGGGGUUGACAUUGAUCUCUUUAAUGGAAAGAAACAGGAAGAGAAUCAAAUCAAUAGGUCUCUUUUGCUUGAUUUUUCUGAGAAAUCUGAAACAAAUGAUGAUGAAGCCACAUCAUCAGAUUGCUCCUCUGUCCUCACUCACCAAGACAAGUUUUCGAAAUCGUCGACAUUGUCGUUGUCGCCUUCACAAGACGAUGACAACUCUUCUUUGUGGUCGAUUCAAGUGAAUGCAAGCAGCCAUGACGAAGACGAGGAGGAUGAAGACAUCGAGGAAGAAGAAGAAGAAGACGUAAUAGAAGAUGAGGAAGAUGAAGAAGGAGCCGACUACGACGGGGGGUUGGUAGAUGAACUAUGCAAGGGAAUUAGUAAAAUUAGUGUGAACGAGAAGGGGGAAGCAGAGGAAUUUGUAGGGAAGCACACGAGGUUCGUGUACAAUAGCGAAGAUGAAAUGAUCGAGGAAGUUAGCGAUGAAAGCCGUGGUGGUGGUGGUGGUGGUGGUGGGGUUUCGCCGAGCAUCCUCCGUCUGAAGGGAAUGCCGACGCCCAAAGGGAAACAUUUGCGGUUUGGGUAUGAGGAGGAGUAGAGAGUUUGUGGUCUGUUUUGUUGUAGUGUUGUCUUUCUUUGACAACAACAAAUUGGGGAUUUUGUUGUUUUUGUUUGCAUUUUGCUGUGAUGGGUACAAUUUUUUAAUAAUUUCUGAAUGAAUAUUCAAUGGAUUUUUUUUCUUUUUAA